AUGGAGGUGUACGCUAGGAAUGGUCGAGUCCCCUUGGCCCGCCGGCUGUUCGAAGAAAUGCCUCUUAGGGAUGUGGUAACUUGGACGUCCUUGUUAUCCAGCUAUGUUAGCGCGGGAGACUCUCCCGAGGCCUUCCACUUGUUCUGCCAAAUGCGAGCGGAGGGUCUUGAGGUGAAUCAAGUCACAAUGGCGGUCUUGCUUCGAGCAUGCUAUGGUUCCGAAGACAAGGUCGCAGGGUGCCAACUACAAGCAUUUGCGAACAAGGCAGGCCUCCAAAGUCAUGAGUUGCUUCAAAAUUCAAUUUUGAGCAUGUUCAGUAGAUUGGCUUGCUUCGAAGAGGUCAUGAAGUUUGCCAUCAUUCAAAACAGGAGCAUUGCCUCUUGGAAUAUCCUCCUAUCAUCCUACUCUUUCAUAGGAGAUGUUUCCAGAGUAGUCAAGUGCUAUAGGAAGAUGAGACUAGAGGUGGCUCCUAGCAAUGAGACUCUAACUUUGCCCAUCUCUGCAUUCGCCAAGUCAGUCAUGUUGCAUGAUGAAUGCCAAGUGAAGAGCAACACCAUAUGGAGCAUCAUGAUGUGGGGCCUUAUUCAGAAUGGUGAGUUCUUGGAAGCUGUCAACGUGUUUGAAAGAAUGCAAAAGUCUGUAAUUAAGCCUUGUAAGGAUGCUCUAAGGGCCUUAGUUGUCGCAUAUACUAACUUGGGAGCUUUGUUGUUGGGUAGAGGAGUUCAUAAUCUUAUGUAG